AUGCUUAGCGGCCGAGCGCUGGAGGCCACUGUAGAAGGUUCGGAAGCGGGCAAAGCUGGUUGGCACUGGCGCGAAGAGGGAUGUGAGACGCUAAUGUUGGGUGAGGAACUGUCUACGGGGGAUUGUCACCGUUUGGCGGGUCAAAUGAGAGUGACGCGUAAGAGGCGGCGAUCCAUGGCGUCCCAGCUUGAUUCUGACUCGCCCGCGGGCGUUAACUCUGGGGCCAGGUAA